ACACGGUAGAGCGGGAUUUCUUUACAUUCUGCCGCAAACAUUGCAUGGUGUGCUGUCGAUAAAACAGUUUACUGUAUACGCUUAUUGAAGGUUAGUCAAUUUAACACAGUGCUAAUGUGUGUAAAUAUUCUAGUAUAAUUGUAAAGAAUGGAAUAAUAAUAUUACCAGCACCAUUUAAACAAGGAAACAUAAUAUAACAAGUGAUAUUAGUUUGAAUUAGUGAGAAUAAAAUAUCACAAUGUUUCUUCUUAUUACAACGUGAACGUAGAUUUUGGCCCAGCUAAAAUGGCGCCUGGCUGCGGCCGAGGCAUUUGUUGCCACCUGCCAAGAAAGAGGCUCCUAGUAUGCAUACUUCUGUUGCUUGCUGGGACUCUUUGUACUAUCGGAAUAGUUACAUCUGGAUAUUCCCGGAUACCUCACGAGUUCCAGGUCCAUACUCAAAUAGCUGAAAUGCAAACCCAUCUUAAAUUUUUGGAAUCCUUAUACAGGGCUCGUCAGGAGGAUAUAAUUAAUUUGGAGCACAAAAUCGGAACCACUUCCAUCAAUGUUUCACAGCGUCCAACUGUUAAUGAUAACCAAAAUACAAAUAACCCGGACGUUACAACUCUGCUUAACAACUCGGACACCAUGCUCUCGCUAGGGGUGCGCUCCAAAGAACUAGCCUCGAUGAAGACCGUUUUCGUUUUCCAACUUCUGCCUCAUCUGAUGAACGAUCCUGCAAGUCUACGUCCAGCCUUCCACAUGAAUGGGAACCGUGGAUUCGUCAAGAAUGUUAUAGGAAUACCAACUGUAAAGCGAGAUAAGGAGUCAUACCUCAUGACAUCCUUGACGCAUUUAAUCGACGGCUUGAAUGAGGAAGACUUAGACGACACCUUGAUUGUGAUCUUCGUGGGUGAGACUGACAUCAAUUUCGUCCUCAAAACUGCUAAGGACAUCCAGGAAAAAUUUCCGGAACACGUCAAAAGUGGGCUCAUCGAGCUGCUGUCACCAACUGCUGCAUAUUACCCGGAUUUCGAUACAAUUCCGUUGACACUUGGCGAUUCCGCUAAGCGCGUCAAAUGGAGGACAAAGCAAAAUUUGGAUACACUCUAUCUCAUGGCGUAUGGGCAGUCUCGGGGCACAUACUAUCUGAUGCUGGAAGAUGACGUUAUAGCGAAGAAAUCGUUCAUGAAGGAAAUAAAACAUUACACGGCGGUUACAUCUGUGUCAGUGCCCAAUUGGUUUUAUAUAGAAUAUUGUAAUAUUGGUGGGAUUGGGAAGCUGUUCAAAUCUGCCGAUCUCGUACAUUUUAUCACUUACGUACAGCUCUUUUAUUACAAUAUGCCCAUUGAUUGGCUACUUGAGAGCUACUUGGCUGAUCGCGUGUGCACUAUCGAUAAGACAAGCGCUACAUGUGGAAAGAACAAACUUCUAAUCCGCCCCAGGUACAAGGAGUCUCUCUUUCAGCACAUUGGCUUUUUCUCUUCUCUGAAAGGAAAGAUUCAAAAAGUCAAGGACCACACAUUCGCCGGCGUUUUACCUAACCACUUCCCACACAAGAAUCCACCAGCACGCGUAGUGAAGACGGACAUCGAAGUUCACUCUGAUUAUUACAUCGGCAACGCAUACAAUGGAGAAACCUUCUUUUGGGGUGUCAAUCCGAAGGCGGGCGCUCUAAUCGAGUUCUGGUUCGAAAAGCCAACAGACGUUAUUGGAUACACGUUCCGCACCGGCAACGGUCUGCAUCCGACUGACAAAUUGAAGGACGCUGUGGUUGAAAUCUUCCCCCACGAGACACGAGAGUUUAUAGUGAUUGACUCUUUCGACGAAUUCGGACUUGCUGAUGGCGUGAUUAAACGUGAAUAUUCCCCCCUCGACGCAAUCCGCAUCCGUGUGAUGAAGUCUAUGACACACUGGCUUGUUCUUAGCGAGAUUGACCUGAAGACGACUAACAAGACCGCUGAGGAAUGACGCCAGGGCUAUGCGUACGUCACACGCGUCCCAGUUGUCGACGACAAUAACUCGUACAAGAAAUACGAAAAUCACCGCAUUCUCCUCGAUUAAAGAUCCAAUGACAACGUCUUGAAACAUUUUCAUUAUGUGUUUUCAAGUUUUGCAAUUUAGUUUAGUUUAGUUUUAGUUACAAUUUGGUAGAAACUUUUCCGUGAUUUUUUUGAUCAAAUGCGUAAUUGUGCAAAUUUAGGAAUUCUGGUUUUGAAAUUGUUUAAGUCAUUUCGUACUUAAUAUAUCUUAUGAGAUUUUUUUAAUUAUAAGUUUAAGGUUAUAGGAUUUUCUCAUACAACGACAAGGCAAGUUAGUGGCAACGAAUAAUCCAAAGCGGGUUUUUUUACCUUUUUUGUAUUGCGAUUAGUGUUCAUAUCAGGGAAUCCGUCAGUAAGAUCCAAAGACGCAACUUAACUUACUUUUUCAUUUUGUUAUUUAAUGUUGAUUUGACAUGCGAUGACGUGUUCAAAUGAUUUUUUAUAGUUUUUUGUAAAUAUUUUUUUUGUAUAUUUUGUUAAAUUACUUAUUUUAGUGUUCAUGUUUAAAUUUAAAUAUUUUACAUAAAUAUCACAAUGCCUCAAAGAAACUAAAUAAACAACGCUUCGUACAAGCGGCAACAUACAAUUUACGGUAAUUUUUGAAAAUCGUAUGAAAUUUGCCAGACUCGAGGUUUCUUUGAGAUGAACGCCUGCAUUCAUGGUCCCACACUGAGAGCUGAUUAUGGGACUAGUGGUGUUUUAGGGUUUUGUCUUUCGAUACAUCAGAUACGGCACAAGUCUUGACCUCAGACUAGUACAGUUUACACUCCAUAUAACGUCAAUACAAAAACUCCGUAAAACGUCGGAAAACGAUUUUCCUUAACAACUAUCAAUCCAUAGGCGCUCGCUACAGUUAUCACUGUAUAUAUUUUACGGAAGACAAAACUUAAUUUAGAAUAAGGUAUUAACCAAAGGUAUUUGCAUUUAAGUGUACCAAUGUUUCAACAUUGUAUGUGUUAGAAAAAUAUAAAAAAAAUCCACAGUUCCCACAUUUUUUUUACCUUAUAUUCUGCCUCCACAGAUCUUGUGCAUUAUUUGUUUAAUUUUAUAUACUUACGCUUUACUCCGGUUCCCCUUGUUAAUUUAAGAUCUGAGAUUCUAUAUUGAAAUGACGGCUGUACUCUCGUAGGGACGUGAGGUUAGGAGUAGACGUGCGCGAAGGGUGGUAUUUUUAUGAUUAAGACCGUAUACCCAAUUUUUGUCUUAUUACUUUAUAAAGCCAGACUGUCAAGGCUCAAGAGGAGGGGGGGGGUCAUGACUCCUGGUUGCGCUCGUCGACAUGCACACUAUUAGUCUUUCUACUGACACCGUUAGACCUAGUGGAGCAGGACUUUCUACACGCUCCUGGCCGGCCUCGUGAUACCUUAGCGAGUGUGUACAGCCGCCAUAAUUUCGCCUAUUACGUGAACUGUGGGUUACAAAAAAAUAGUUGUUGUCAUUCGAUGUUUAAUAUAAUUCUUAGUAUAAUUUUUGAAGUCGAUACCUCGGUCUGCUCAAUUGUCUUUAGACUAAAACUGGACCAUCGAAUAAAUGUAGUUUUUGCAGUAUGUAAACAUUCAGUGAUAUAAAUUUGAAGACUGAAAUAAAUUUUCACUUAAAGGCUCAAAAUGGAUGUAAUUCUAGUUUGAAAAUAGAAUUCAGAUGUAUCGAUUUCAAAAUCCACGCUUAAUUAAAUGACUAGCCAGUGUUGUACAAAUAUAAGCUAGUAAUAUAGGUUGUGCUGACGGACUGAUGUAAGAGACUGACGGUGAGGCGUUUGACUCGGGUCAUGCCAUAUAUGGUAACCAUAGGUAACGAACAAUUUAUAUUAAAUUCCGUAGGGGAAAUUUGUGUAUGAAUUUAACACAUAAACAUCGCCCAUUGAAUUUCUAAAUUUAUCAAUCCCGGAGGGACAAUUUUGAGUCAAUAUUAAAAUGUAUUUUAUAUUUCUCAUAUAUGAUUAAUCGAGGUCGUAUUAGAAUUAUUUAAAACUUAAUAUUUACAGGGAGUGUGUGUGAUUCGAGAAUCGAAUUUGUAUACACUAGUUAUUCAUUUAAAAUGUAGCCAAAGUUGUUAGCCGUAUAAUUGUGACUGAUGUAUUGAUGUUCUUAGGAAUAAGCUUCUCUUCUGCUUUUCUAUGCCUUUCAUGCAUUAAAAUUCGGGGUAGAAUAUUAAAAAGGCUGGGUAAAGACAUAUAACAAAAGACUACACCAACUUCACAAGAAUGCAUUUAUUUCGAAUACAUUCGAAAAACAACGAUGCCCCAAAGCCUAAAUUCAAAGCUAAACCAAACAAUGUUCACAGACCCCGAUGUUAUGGCUUUAAAAAAUGUGUUUUGGUGUUCCAUAGUUCCUUCAAUAUCAAAUUCACAAAUUAUAACUGAUGAAAGGGAAGGCUGUCACAACUUUGUAAAGCGUUACGAUUACGUCACAGGGGCGGAGGGGGUUUUUGAACUACGCGAAUCGGCAGAUUGAUUUUUUUUUAUAAAACGGGGCAAACAGGCAGGAGGCUCACCUGAUGUUAAGCCCAUGUACACUCUCAAUGCCAGAGGACUCGCGAGUGCGUUGCCGGUCUUUUAAGAAUUGGUAAAAAUUUCAAUAAUAUAAACGCGAUUAAAAUAAUAACCAAAGUUUUAGAGGCUCUCGCCAUAUGUAUUGUGACUUAAGUGAAACUGGUCACUUGAUGGUAAAGUAACGCUUUACUAAGGACAAGGGUGGGUCACAGUUAAUGUUACAGCGUGUUUGUCAAAACUCCAAAACUUGCGUAUUUGCUCCCUGACAUCUAAUUCAAUCUAUGUUAUUAAUCAUAUUUGCGUAUUAAUAUGCAAAUUUAAUUAAUAAUUUAUACACAGAUCGGGUAUAAAUUCCUUUCCGGAUAGUCGAUUUGAGCGAAGCCGCAUAUAUAUAUAAUUUUCUUUAAUACCACCCCUUUACGAAUUAACAUUUUUUAAACUGCAAUGUGGAAUUGAAUACGGUAUUAAAGAAAAUUAUAUGUAUUAAAUCGGAUUAUGUAAUACCUAAACAUAUAUUAUUAAAUUCGUCUUCUGCUUAUGCGCUGUGGAACUGUUGAGGUCUUAUUUCUAAAGCUGUACGCAUAUUGCAUCACCUAAUCGCAGUAAGGCGGAGUUAAUAAACUCGUCGAACAACUUUCACGAACUUAUGUCCUGAUCCACAACUUUCCCCAACCAACAAACUCUGCUCUAUGUUUAUUGAUAUUAAUCAAAUUUUCAUAUUUGUUAAACAAAGCACGUCGAUUACGAAUUGCGCUCUGAUAAUAGAUGUCAGUACAACGACUUAUCACCAAAGACGAUGAUUUGUAUUUAGUUUAGCCAUUUAUGUGCAUUUUAUUAUUUUAAUCACAAUAGUACACUUUAAGAGAUAUCCUAUACAGUUUUAUUUUUGUAAUCUAGAAUAUUUAUACAUUUUUGAAGACUUUAUGUACCUAUAGUUUUACCUAAGAAAAGUCUAGUUUGUAAUUUAAAGAAAACGAUCGAAUCGUUAUAUUAUUUAAGCGUUAUUGUGUAUUGCCAUGUUAAGGACGUAAUAUAAAAGUUAUAUAUCCGCACAAUAGUAUACCCUGAUAUUAUU